CAAUGAACUUUUGUUCCUUAGAAACGGCGAAUAUGGCGUCUGAUGCUACGGAAAGUCGACCGCAAACUGUGUCGUUCAGCGAUCUGACGGAGCGAACUCCAGAAAAUCUUGAGGCUGAAUUAGUGCCAGAACCUCCAGUUCAAAUCACCAAUAACUCCAACGAUGUACAAAUCGACUCUGAUGGAGACGAAGCAGAAGAGCAAGAGCCUUGCCCAGAUGGAAUUCUCAAUGAGCAGGCUAUCGAGGCUGGACUUUCAAACCUGGGAAGAUCUGCAGAUGGAAUGCAACUCACUUUUCUCAACCUCACCUUGCCUGGUUACAACCUGCAAGGGAUUAACAUCCUUGAAAACUAUGUUCAUCUUCAAAAGGUAGAACUGCCUUACAACAGAAUAACAGAUAUUACUGUCCUUGGAUGCAUGCCUUAUUUGGUUGAGCUAGAUGUAUCCCACAAUGAAAUCACAAAUCUACUGGACUUCAAGCCUCCAUUCAACCUACAGGAGGUUGACGUGUCUUUCAACAAGAUCACUGAGAUGGGUGAUUUGUCCGCUCAUCAUGCUCUCACCAAGCUGGUCCUUGACAACAACCAACUGUCGACCAUCACAGGAAUAGAGAAUUGCCGCUGUCUUCAUCACUUGGGUCUGGCUCACAAUAACAUAUCAGUCAUUGAGAAGCUGGAUCAUCUUCCUCUAAGGUUCAUCAACCUGCGAUGUAACCAGAUCAGUAUAAUUGAGAACCUAGACACGCUUACAAGGUUACAAUAUCUUGACCUCUCUGGCAAUGAAAUCAACAGUCUGGAAGGCUUACAGAAAUGUGCCCUCCUGGAAACAUUGGAUUUGGAGAACAACCAGGUUGCUGACAUCACUGAUCUUCAGUACAUUGAGGGUCUCAAGCUGCUACGCCAUCUAACCCUCCUGAGGAACCCUAUCCAGGACAUAGAAGACUACAGGCUAUCCCUUCUCUUCCGUAUACCACAGAUGGUAGAGCUGGACAGGCAUAGGGUGGAAGUAGAGGAGAAGAUAGCAGCAGUGAAUCUAUUUGAACCACCCAUGGAGGUGAUAGCAGCCCAGGACCACAGAAGAGCGCUCAUAUACUCCUCCCUCAAACAAUCCAAGGUCCUUAUGAGCACCUUGCCAAGCAUUGAGACACCCUACCCAGUCCUGGUCCUAGUUGGACCAAGGGGAUCCGGCAAACAGGCACUAGCCCAGAGACUUGUCAAGGAGUUCACAGAGUACUUUGGACUUGGGCUACUACACACUACCAGAGGACAACCAACAGGUGGGGAGAAGGAUUAUCAUUAUGUGUCAUCGGAACAAUUUGAAGAGCUGUUACAAGAGGGUGAGUUCCUGCUGACAUAUCAGAUCAUGGAGCACAGGUAUGGUCUAAGCCUUCAAGCCAUUGAGUCUGUUGCUGAGAAUGGAUUAGCCUGUGUUAUCACCAUGGAGCUAGAGGGUGUCCUGACCAUGAAGCUCACCCACUUCCAGCCGCGCUACGUCCUCCUCCUACCCCUAGAUCAGACAAAACAUGAGCAGCGUCUGCAGGCUGUAGGAAACCUGUCCAACACACAGGUCCAAUUUGCUGUGGAUCGGACCAACCUCUACCAGCACAUGCAUCAGAAUAGACCGGGAUUCUUUGACAGGAGCAUUGACACAACUGACCCUGAGAUGGCCUUCAAGCUGGUCCGCAAUCUGGUCCUGUCCUAUCUCGGUCUGGAAGUUCCAGAUAGCCCCGAACCCUCCAGCCAAGAGCAGGACUCGUCCUCUAUCUACUCCCCGUCCCAGACCAGUUCUGCCAUGAGAUCGGAGACCCAUGAUUCCCCAUCCUUCUCUCAGUCUACCGGUAGACAGCAGGGCCCACCGGGGAUUGUAGAGAACCCUCCGUCUCCUACCAACAUGAGGACAUGGAUGAAGCCGGUGGUGGAUCCGCCCCCUAGACCUCUCAGCCAGAACUCUAAGAAGAGGCAGGAGGCGUCCAUGAGUGCUAUAGAAAAGAUCUCUUAUGAAAGGAGAAAGAGUGCAGCCAAGGAAGCGGUUUCUGGUAUUGUACCAAGACCAUUGGAUCAGCUCAUUAACGAACCACCAUCCACAGCUCCAGGCAAGCAGUUUGCGGGGCUAGGCGAUGACCCCACCCGGCCCAAGACGGUGCCUAACAGUGCCGUCCGCUACCUGGCAGGUAGUCCCGACUCCAGUGUGGCUACCUCUAGGAGCGACUCUAGAAUGUCUGGUCUCUCUGAUGCUAGGGGCAUGUCUGCUUCACCCAGUGGAUCACAGACAUCGUUCCAGAUGGUUGGGGGCUCCGACGGACAUGCUUCUAGGCCUGGGAGUGUGGGGUCUCUACCGGAGGAUAGGCCAGUCCUGCCUCCGAUUCUAACUGGACAGAAUUAAUAGAUACCAAACUGUUCUCUCCUCUCCUCCUGUCUGAAAUGAAUGAGGCACUAUUCUCAGAGGGCAUAGGACAGUCCUACAAACUUCUCAGCGGGACAAAAUCAUACUUAUUUGUAUUUUUCUCUCUUCUUUUUCUCCCACAAUUCUCUCCCGUUUAUUUAUUUCUACAGUCAUUUUCAGUACAGCUUUUACCUUCUCUAUAUGAGCUGAAAGAGCUUACACUCCUGUAUGUAUUUUAUAUUCCAAAGAUGGGCCCGUCCUGUCAAGCCGCCUAAUUGAAUGAGACAGAACUUAAGUUUCUUUGUCCCAAUCCCCCACAUUUAAUACCUUCUUUAUAUAGAACUUAUUACAGAUAUUGGAAAGGUUGCCCUGAGAAGAUUGUUCAAGUAUACAAAAUAACAGGUAGAAUUCCCGGCCUCAUGGCUUUCCCCUUUGUAAAGGCAUGAUUGUCACUUCUUAAAUUCCACUCCCUAUUAAAGCUCACACAUCCCUGUGGUGGAAUAUUCUUAUCAAUAAAAUGUUGGUUAGAGAGUACAAAUCAUGGCUUUUUUGUGGUCAUUUUGCAAUAGAACUGGCAAAUAUAACUAGCUGAAUAAAGUUCUGAUUAUAGUGGGCAUGCCUUCAGUGAGAUUUAGGCUUUGCUAAAGACAAUAAGUUAACCUAAAAGAUCUUGUUUAAACUUAAAAAGUUGGUAUGAAAGAAUUUGUGUUUUAUUUGUACAGAGUGUGUGAUAAGAUAUUUACAUUCUAUUGUAUGAUGAUGUUUAGUUAGUUCAUGAAAGCAUUGAGAAAUGUGCAUGCCUGGAACUACUGGAACUAUAUUACAUGUAAAUUAAGAGUGCAACAUGAAAGGACUGUAAAUAAUUGUAAAAAUUAUUAAAUAAAUAUAUUUCUGUGUAAAUAUAUACAAACUAGA